GUAAAAAAUUGUAAUAAUAAUCGCGUGUUCAGAGAACCGGCUUAAUAAAAAAGAAAUAAUUGUGGGCGAGGAGAGUGCGAAGAAAGUAAAAGAGAGCACCAGCGAGAGGCCCACUAAAACGCCGCUGGGUUAAUUAGUUAUUGCUAGAAUAUAUAUCUUUUCAUAUAUAAUCUUAUUCUCAGUGCUUAUCGUUGUGUUUUUUGCCCUAUGUGCCGCGAAUGAAAAUUUAAAGAAGAGUCGCUCGUAAAACCGUUUUCCGACGUCCCCUAAAGAUCUUCAAUAUUACUCAUAAUUCCCGACAACCGGUGUUUUUGUGAUUCACAACCGUCAAAGGAAUAAAGAAAAGUUUUCGGUGUGCUGUGGUGUUGUAGUGUCCAGCUGUAGAACCAGUUCCAGUUAACCCCGAGAAACAUGUCCAGAAAUAGGGCUGCCAUGGUCAGCGCCUUCCGGCUGUUCCUGCGUCCCUCAACCACCCAUCGAAGUCUCGCCCUCCGCUUGGCUCCCGUCACGACCUUUGCCCUGCAUUUACGGCCAGGUCAUGAGCUCCAUCAGCACAGAAGCUUUGCUUCGACGGCGGAGGAUGACGACACGAGCGGCGGCAAAAAGUCGGACAAGCAUAAAAAACCGACGACGGGAGGUCGCAGAUCAAGUCAGAAUGUGAAUGAGCAAGCAGAAGUUAAAGCAAAAGUGUCCGAAAUUUUAUCAAAAUACCAUCAAUAUACGGGUAGUUACCGAGAAGAGGAUGCCAAAUCUAAAAACUCUUUACGGCAAGGAGAUUGCACCAAGUCUUUCAGUUUGAGUGCCAGAAUAAAAAUAUUUCAAGGUUUAAGAAGUUUUCAUGGAAGUGAAAAGAGCACAAAUCCAGAUCCAUGUGAAAUAGGUUCCUCAGAUAAUUUAACAAAAAGAGUGCAAAACUUUGUCCACCGACAAAACAUUCAAGAGAAAAGGUCGAAGAAAUAUAAAAGUAAACUGAAUCCGCUCAAGAAAAGAAUUAUAAACAGAAAAAGAAGAAAGAAAUUAUUAAUAAAUAGGAAGAAAACAAAAAAGAAAUGUGGCGAAGACGACAUCUACGUGGAAUACGUGAAUGGUAUGCCACAUAUGACUGUUCGGCUUCCCAGUCGGAAUGAACUCUGCCAGUUCGCCCUGAAACCGAUCUCCCACAACGUUGGCGAUCUGUUAGCCAUGCUUAAGGCUGAGGACCGCGGCAUCGAUCGAGCUGCGGUGAUCAACAAGCAUGGUGUACGAAUCGCUUCGUCCUGCACCAUCGAAAGCUUGUUGGAUGACUCCUUCAGCAUACAAAUCAAUAACCGGACAUUGGAGGUCAAUCCACCGAAACGGGAGAAGAUCACAGUGGAAUCAUUGGACAAAGUGGGUGACGUGCGCAAAGUUAUUGCUCAGCUCUACGAGGCAUUCAAUGUUGGCGAAUAUCAGCUAGAGAAGAGCAAUCAACUGGCCAAAGAACUGGAAACCCUACGCUAUGAACUCGAGCCACUGGAAGAGAAAAAACUGGAACUGAGCAAAAAGGCAGCUCGUCGAACAAACUUUAUGACUUGGAUGGGCCUCGGCCUAAUGUCCGUGCAAUUUGGCAUUCUGGCGCGACUGACUUGGUGGGAAUACUCUUGGGAUAUCAUGGAGCCGGUUACCUAUUUUGUUACCUACGGCACGACAAUGGCAAUGUAUGCCUACUAUUGCGUCACAAAGCGGGAGUACAUGAUGGAGGAUGUGAAGAACCGCGAAUACUCGCUCACCCUUUAUAGGAACGCCAAGAAGAUCCAAUUCGAUGUGGAGCAUUACAAUGAACUGAAACGAAAGUCAGCUGAGCUGGAAUACAAUCUCAGAAGGAUCAAUGAUCCGCUCAACAUGCAGUUGCCAUCGCAUCUGGUGAGGACCCAGGAAAACACGCCACCAACCCAAUACGAGGAGAAGACGGAGCGGAAGUAAACUUAAGGACUUCGUAGCAAUCAGUGACGAGACAGGGAAAUAUGGAAACUCAAACUAAUCUUAAAUCCCUCAAGUUAGAUAACGAAUAAAAGUUCCCCCUUCAAGCUGAAGAAGUUCAGGUAAUCAAAAUGUUGUAGUCAACGUUUGAAAGGAUUUUGUAUACGCAUCACAUGUUGUGUAAAGUCAACUUUAGUUUUUUCUCUUUAUGUUAAUUAUAUUGUUUUAGUUGUUUAUGUUACGGUUAAUUAGUCUAAGCCAAAGUUUGACGAUUCGGAAAAAACGCACAAGGUUAUUCUGACGCCUGCAGUUUCACUACAGAUAUCAUUAUUUUAUGUUUAAUUUUUAGUUAUUUAUUGCAAGUGAGAGAUUUGUUUUACGCCUAAGGCAACUAUUGUGUGUGCAAGUUCUAGCAAAAUAUAUGAAUUAUUUAUUGACUAUA